AUGGACUGGAGCUGUCUUGCUGUCCUGUUCAGCUUCGGCUAUGCAACAGAAGUGCCUUGCGCGGGCCUGCCCUUCCGUUGCGAGCCUGGUGGUCAGCCUGUGCCGUGCAGGCCAGCUUCGGCUUUCAAUUGGCCAGCAAUCUUGGACCUCCUCCGGAGCGACGAGGCAGCGGCACUGCUCGGUGCGUCCCCCGCACUGUAUGGUGAAGUGAUUGCGGCGGUCAAGAGCGGAGAAGGAUGGGCACCCUGCGAGGUUGCGGCCGUCGAGGAAGCAAAGGGUCUGCUCUCAACGCUCCAGGUUGGGGGUGCCUGGGUGGCCCCACGCAGAAGUCGCCGCCUGUCACCACCACGAUUGGGUGCUGUGGAGCCACGCAGUUGGCUCAACGAGACUCUUCAGCGCAGUGCCGACGGCCUGGCUGGCCGGCUCUUCGAGUUCUAUCCUCCGGUCGCAGAUUCCAACUUUGUGGGUGGAAGGUCUUCGUACUCAAGCUUGCAUGAGGACUUUCCGUACGCUGUGAAUGGUUUGGUGGCUCUGGCUGCGGCUGCUGGGCAGGACCGUGUCGGAGCGCUGGCUGAUGAGGCGAUCGAGCGGCUUCUUGCGACUUCUGCCGGAGGCUGGCUGGGUCCGGAUGAGUGGCCUCUGAUGGACGAGUCCGAGGAGGCGAUGGCCGAGCGCUUCGGCCGCCUCUCGGGUUCCCUUUGGGCCAGGUUCCCUGCACUGCAAGCGUUGGUCCAAUAUGCGGAGUGGCGUGCCAAAGAACCCGGAGACCGCGGCUGUCGAGCUUUUUUUGCUGCCGAGGCCUUCGUCUUGGAGCUGGGCCGCAGGUUGGACGAAGGCGUUACGUGGGCCAAGAGCCCCGCGUACAGCCUGUGGUGCUGCGGCCCCGGACGGCCUUGCGCUGAGGCGGCUGGCAUGGCUGGCGCGGCUGUUUCCUAUCGAAACGGAGAUUGGGAAUUGUCGGGUAAAGUUGUGGCUCUGGCCAUGCUUUGGUGUCGUUGA